AUGGGAACUUCCUGUGGGCGCCUGUUCACAUCCUGUGUCUUUCUGCUGACAGUGUGUCUGUGCCUCAGUGAACUGAUCUGUCGUGAGGGUCACAGUGGACCAACUUACGAGUCGCUCCAAGAUGUGUUCGACAAAAAACCCUUCAGACCAGCAGUUAACCUCAGCAACCCAACGAUCGCCAACAUCUCCUUCACUCUCUACGCUGUACUGGGUGUGAAUGAGAAAACACAGAUCCUCACUACGUUCCUCUGGCUUAGACUAUAUUGGUUCCAUGAGUUCCUUAUCUGGGAUCCUCACACAUGUGAUGGCGUCACUAAGAUCUCCCUACCGGUGAAGAAUCUCUGGAUGCCUGACAUCAUUAUAUAUGAAUUUGUGGAUGAUGACGUGUCACAGGCGUGCCCGUACGUGUACGUGAACCACACGGGUCACAUCCGCUACGACCGCAUGCUGCGUCUGGUGAGCGCCUGCAACCUGGAGAUCUUCAGCUUCCCCUUCGACAUCCAGAACUGCACCUUCACCUUCGGAUCCUACAUGCACACAAUUAAGGACGUGCGGGUGAGCCCGGCGCUGUCCUUCGCGGAGAUGUCGGGGAACUCCAAGCAGUAUCUGGAGGCCAGCGGGGAGUGGGAGCUGGUGGUCAUCCUGGGAGAGUCCAGCAUCCUGAAGUUUGGGAUCGACGAGUGGGACAUCAUCACAUUCUGGGUGGUGAUAAAGAGGCGGCCCAUGCUAUACGUGGUCAACCUGCUGAUCCCCAGCUCCUUCCUGAUGAUCAUCGACAUCCUGUCCUUCUACCUGCCGCCGCACAGCGUGGACCGCGCCUCCUUCAAGAUGACGCUCAUUCUGGGCUACACCGUCUUCCUGCUCAUCAUGAACGACCUGCUGCCCAGCACCGCCAACGGCACCCCCAUCAUAGGCAUCUACUUCUCGGUGUGCCUGGCCCUGAUGGUGAUCAGCCUGCUGGAGACGGUCAUCAUCACCAACGUGCUGCACCACAACUCCAUGAAGUACCGCGACGUGCCGCGCUGGGUGCGGGUGCUGGUGCUGGGCUACGUCGCCAAGCUCAUCUGCUACCGCUGGCCGGAGGAGAGCGAGCGCCAGAAGCCCGACAACUCACGGACCCCGACCAUCCCGCCCCCGGCCCCGCCCCCUGCAGCCAAUCAAAACAGAGACAUGUCGGGAGCGCUGCCGUUGUCCGUGCCGGAGCUGUCGCAGAUCUGCCAGGACGUGAACGUGAUCCGCUCGCACCUGUCGGAGCUGCAGAAGGAGAACGAGAUGCUGGAGCAGUGGUGCCACGUGGGAUACAUCCUGGACUUCCUGCUCUUCCGCAUCUACCUGCUGCUCAUCUCCUGCUACGCCUUCGUCAUCAUCUGCAUGUGGUGCAUCUGGAUCUACCAGUGA